AGAGGAAGGCUGGGAUGGGAAGGCACAGCAGGUGGGAGGUAGAUGGAUGGGUAUCCCUGCUGAGAAGGACCGGGAAAGCCGUCUCCAUCAGCGGGAGGAGGGACAUGGGCAUGGUGACUAAACUUCUUGUAAAAGGGGGUGGAGAAGGGAAAGGGAGGGACAAGAAGGCGGGGGGGAAGCCUGCAUGUCAGGGCUGAGGAAAUGCUGUGGGAACUGCAGCCAGGCACUUUUUUUAUCCUCCUUCUUCUUCUCUCUUCUCCCCUCGUGUAGCUGAGAGGAAGGAAAGGAAGAAAGAGAAGUAACUGGCUCAAAUGUGCCUCGCUCUGCUGCUGGGGCGCCGGGGCUUGGCUGGAAGGAUCUAGUUUCUCUUCUGUGGCAGGAAAAGGAGCCACAGGAGGAGGCAGAGACGGACACCCAGACAUGCCCGUCCCGUCAGGCCGCUGGCUCCUUCUCCUGUGCCUCGCUGCUGCUGGCAAGCAGCUGUCACUACAAAUUACCCCGCUGUGUGAAAGCGAACAACACUAUGAAUACUCUGGACGGUGCUGCACAAAGUGUGAGCCAGGAAAGUACAUGUCUGCCAGAUGCACUGAGACUUCUGAUAGUGUGUGCAAGCCAUGUGGCCCAAAUGAGUACAUGGAUGUCUGGAAUGAAGAAGAUAAAUGCUUACUACAUAAAAUAUGUGAUCAAGGGAAAGCCCUGAGAGAAGUGAACCCAGGGAACAGCACUUUCCAGAGGCAGUGUGCUUGUACAGUGGGCUACCACUGGAAUGAAGACUGUGACUGCUGUCAGCGAAAUACCAUAUGUGCUCCAGGAUUUGGAGUCAAGCAUCCUGUGCAACAAGACCAGGACACAAUGUGUAUACCAUGUCCCAGAGGUUACUUCUCAAAGGUUGCUUCAUCUACUGACGAGUGUAAAUCCUGGACCAACUGUACAGCCCUAGGAAUGACAGAAGACAUGCCUGGGACUGAGAAGUCAGAUGCAGUUUGUGCAGAAUGGAAGGUGCCAGAGCCGUCGGAAGAUGGAACAAACCAGAUCUUAUACGUGUUGAUUGUCGUCUCAUUUUUUGUGGCAGUAAUUGGCAUUGUCAUCUUCAUUGUAUACUACAAAAAUAAGGGGAAAAAGCUGACAGCAGAUCUACAGAAUUGGGCUAGCGAAGUGUGCAGCCAAAUAAAAGGCACAAAGGAGACCCCCAGAGAUACCUCUGUUACCAUGAACAUCGUGAAUGUUGUUGUCCCCCAGACCUCUGAAGGCAUGCGCCUCCUGGAUCCCGCUGGCUCUCCUGCCCCUGGAAACUCAUGCUGCAUCAGCGGACAUUCUCCUUGCAGGAAUGGGAGGCCCAGCAUGGCACCGUGCGAGGUGGGAGGGAGCCUACAAGGGUUUUCUGUGGUAACUGAGACUGAUGAUGAUCAUUUCCCACCAGUUCCCACAGAAGAUGAAUACACGGAUAAGGAUCUCAGUACCGCUGAUUAUUUGUCCUUACCGAGCAGGACUGCCAGUAAAACCGUGUCGUCAUUUUCUGAACCGAUGGAGGCAGGGGAGAAUGACAGUUUAAAUCAGUACUUUUCAGGGAUUGGGAGCACAGAGGACAUAUCAGUCUCUCAAGGCUUUCACCCUUUCACAGAUGGGGCACACACUGACACGGACAAACUUCUUCAGAAAUCUUGCCAACAUGCCCACAGUUGCCCAAAGGAAAUUGGCAACAAAGACACAGAUCAUUGUGUAACAAACUCUGACUCAGAGAAGAUCUGCGUGAGGUGUGGCAUUUUGUACAGGGAAUCUCCCAGAAAGUGGAGCAAAUCCUGUUUUGCUGCAGCUGACAGUGACUCCACCUCCCCAGAAACUGGAUCCUAUGCACAGUGCACCUGUGGCUUGAAUUUUCUCUCUGCUGGUCAGAGCACACUAGCAAGUGACCAUGGUAUGGAAGAUGCAUCUUCAGAUAGUACCAACAUGAAGUACCAGAACACAAGCAGAAGCACUUCAGGGACAAACAAAAGCACUUCAGGGACAAACAGCAGCACUUCAGACCUCCCUCCAGCAUCUGGAAAUGUGACUGGAAACAGUAACUCCACCUUUAUCUCAAGCGGACAAGUAAUGAAUUUCAAGGGCGACAUCAUUGUAGUCUACCUUAGCCAGAACUCCCAGGAGGGCGCAGCGGCCUCGGGGCCCAGCGAGGAGAACGUGGGCAGCCCGGUGCAGGAGGAAAACCUCAGCCGCUGCGAGACGUUUGCCGGCAAUGCCCAGCACUACAAGGAGAAGUGUGCGGAGCUGCAGCAGGGCUCCUGCCUGGCGGCGGGGAGCGGGGGGCCACGGUGGCCUGCCGGAUCCCUGCCCCAGCACAGCCCAUCCUGCCGCAGCCAGGCCUUGCGGCCGGUGCAGGAGGAGGGGAAGCUGGGACACUUCUCGGAGAAGGUGUUGAACUGAGGCCAACCGGCAAGGGGUGGUGGGGCUGCCAUGGGGCUGCCGAAAUCCCGGGUGUUGCUACAGGUAUGGAGACUGUUGCUGCCCGUGGGGUAUCCCAGGAAGUCUUACAGCUGGAAAGGACGCUUGUGGCACAAGUGCCAGCGGUGGUGCUCUUGCUGAGGAGGUUACUGGUAGGGAAAGGCACACACGUGAAGCAGGCACGCUGCCCUCGUUGCAGAAGCAGCAGCAGGGCUUUCUCCUCUCCCUCACAAGGUGGUUGGCUCCCACUGGACCCCACUCCCUGGCACCUCUCCACAGCAAGCAGCAAAGGAGGGUUGAUCCUUGUAGCCCAGGGCGUGGUGAGGAGGAAAACGUUGCUGGCCGGGCAUGUGGGGCACUCCCAGAAAGAGGAUAACAUGGUGGAGGAUGCACUGAAAGGGGCCCUGAGCUCUGCCGUGGGUGUUUCUUUUUGUAACUAAGCUGCGCCCAUUCUGGUGGGUCCUGGGCCUCCUCCAUGCCUCUGUGGUGGAAGGAAGUGGCAGCCACCUCUGCUGCUGAGCGUAGUGACACAGGCAACCUUUGCCUCCCUGCAGAGAUCAGGCAGGUGCUGUCAUCCCUUCCCAUCUGUCCCCAAGGAAGCAGAUGUUCCAGUCUCCAAACGGCCAGAGCCAAGAUCCUGGCCUGCCUCUUAUUACCGUGUGGGUAAGCAUCGGUGUAAUGCUGCCCCACGAGCACUGUGACAGGCAAAACAGCUGGUAUGCCUUAGAAGCAUAUUAGAUAAAUCCUGAGCAAAGAUCAUUUAUAGUUUUGGAGCCUGAUUCACCUCUGCCAUAUUGCACCUCGCCAGAGGAAUCUACACCCCUGAAGAUGAGAGUGACAAGUGCCUGGCAUGCUGCUGCAUGAAUAAUGUCACUGAAGUUUAAGACACAAUGCUGCUAGCAGGUGGAGGAAGGGUCUGUGAUAACCAGCUGUGGUCAUUUCCUGAGUGACAGGAGAGGGAGGGAUUACCUAGCAAUGGAGAGUUUGAUCAGGGUCAAACACACAUGCCUUCAUCUGCCCAAACAAUUCUGUCAUUCCCUCUGACAUUUUCAUUAGCAAACAGAGCUUUACUUAGGUAGCAUGAAGCUAUUUCCAGAGCUCAGCCUGCCUGAGCUGAAAUCAAACUGUAGCCACCAUUACAAUGAGAGCCGAUAAGCAAUGGGACCAAAGGUUCAGAUUUAAAGAAUAAUAGUAGUUGUAGUUAGAAGGGAGUCUUAGCUACUGGAUUGGCUUUGGUUCAGGUCCUGUAUCCUGCAGCCUCCUCCAGCAGCCACUGUGGAGAGAAAGGUGAAGGGAACAGAGUCUCAAGGAACUCACAAGAGGAAAAGAUAAUAUUUUUAAUGAUUUCCUGACAAGGGGUAAUUCUCUGACAUUCUCCUGCGCAAGUGAGUACUGCAGGAGGCUAUCUUCAGUCUGAGCCUUCAGGAGGGUCACUGCUGUGUUUCUUGCCAGACAGUAAAGGGAUCUCUUACCUAGUGUGAUGGAAGAGGUCUCUGGUAGGGAGGGCUCCUCCUUGAGGAAGUUUUAAAGCUGAGGGGUUCACUGUGUAGCUGCUCUGUUUGCAAUAGUAUUUCUCUGCAGGUGAAGAGCACCUAUAAAGCUGACAAGGUGACCACUGUGUCAUGAUAAUGGAUGUGUCACCCAUAAUACAAAAGGAAGGGCUUAGACAACUUCACCUCUCAGGAGAACAGUUCUGCAUUAUUUAUAUAUCUGGGAUAUAAAGUUCAGUACAAAAUUUCAAGUCUCUCUUGGGUGGCUGUCAAAAAGGGCACUGAACAACCAGUCUCCCUUUCACCUCUGCAUGGCCCUCCUAGCCUAGACUCAGCCAGGCAGGUAGGUUGUCCCAUUCAGAUGGCUACGUCUGCCUCUUUGAAGGUGUGUAACUGAGGCUCUUUUAUCUGUGGUAUUCUUUUGUCCUUCCUGCUGGAUCCUUUACAACCUACUUCUAGCCUCUGCUGGCCUAAUUCAGUAUACCCUAGGCACUGGUGCAGUAGGGACAAGGACACAGAGCCAUCAACACCUUGAUGCAAGGUGGUGCAGAUACUUCCCCACUUCAUAUUUUCAGUCAUGUUUUCCUGGAAAGCAUUAAUCCAGGAUAUCAGCACCACUUACAGGGCAGAAUUCUUGUGCUUGGCUCUGGCUAAACUACCUGGCCGCAAGUCCAUCUUCUACUCCUUCUCCCUCUGCAGCUUUUUUCUUCCAUUAGUUUGUAUCUGCCACCAGAAAGCAGGCUCAAAAUCCUGAUUUCAGAGAAGACAAUGGCACGUUUACUAGGUGUCCUUAGUCCUCUGAAUUUCAGGAUCCUCCUGAGCAAGGACUGAAACUAAGAUCAUCAAGCGUGAAGAAAUGGAUCAUAACAAUCUUGGCAUUUUGUCCACUUCCUUAUGGGAAACGUGAUGUUCCAACAGAUCCAUAUUUCCUAUAAAGUCUACCCAAAAGUGAAGAAACCAUAUCACACUCAUCAUUGUGCUGCAUGUUCCCUGGGUCUCUGCCUGGCUGCUUAGACAAGGAUCCAAAGGGACUUUUUAUCCUCAUGAUUUCAUUUGCCAUCAGUUUGGAGCUGGGGCUGGUUUUUAACAUCUGUUUGUACAAUGGGGCCCUAUGCAUUGGGCACUAAUUUGGAGGCUUCUGGCUGCUAUUGUAAUACACAUAAUUAAUGAUAAUAAAAAUCUUAAAGAUC